AUGGCGGUCAACUCGUCCUCGUUUCUGCCCUCGUCCGGCAACACAGGCACUGGAAGCAGCAACAGCAACAACAUCCCCAAAACUCCAAAGUCCCCUGGUCGCUCGCGUUUCUCCAAAGCCUUGCCUGCGCCACCCCCCGUCUUAGAGAAGCUGCUUCCUAUGCGCUCUGCGUCGCGGCCCUCAACAUCUGCAGACGAAACACCGUCUCUUCCUCCUCUGCCUCCGCCGUCGUCCGCCGUCCUCUCUUCGCCCAGCUCCUCUUAUAUCCCCAUGGCCGCCUCACCUGUCACUACAUCACCACCCUCGGCAACUGUCCUAUCUGUUCCGCCACCGCCGCCCAAGUCGUCUGCCCGUACGGCACCAGGAACCAUAUCUUCCAUGCGGGCGCCCUCACUCUCCCUCUUCCCACAACAGGCACCUCCUCCUCUGCCGGAAAAGAAGUCUGCUCCGUUACCUAGCACGGGCCCUGCGCCUGCAGCGAUCCAGUCCCAGCCGCUGCCUCAAAUACCACUUCAAUCUCAGCCUCCGCAACCUGCCCCCUCGGCCCGCGGUGCAAUCCGCCGGAGACCCGUGGCCAGCUCGGUCUCUGUAGCCAGCUCCGACUCAAACCGGUCUUUAGUACCGUCUGCGUCUCCGCCGCCACAGCCGCAGCCGCCGCAAGAACCCACGCCAGCCGCCGCCGCCGCACCGCUGACCUCCUUGUCCGUAUUGCCCCGGCUGCCGGACCUGCCGAGCUUCAACAGCUUCUCGAGUCUCCACGAGCUGCCCGCCGCUCCCGUUUCUCGAAGCGUACUACCAGAGCUGGCAGAGCUUCCGUCGGCGACAGUCGACAUAGACGCGAGCUCGAGCUCCGAGACUCAGUCGCAAACCAAGACGCUGCGGGCUCCAUCACCUCCUCCUCUCACCACCCAGGAGGAGGAAAAGAAGCAGGAACAGAAGCUAGAGCAAGAACAGGAGCAGGAGCCGUCUUCUUCUCGCGUAGCCUCCAUUUCGAGUAUCUUAUCGGCGUACUCAGAAAAUUCCUCGCCCGUACUUGCCGGUCUCUCAUCGUCCAACUCGGAAGCCACAAUCAGCACAAACACCUCAUCAGUCAUGGCUGCUGCGGCAUCAUCCCCACUGCGGCCGCUGCCCAGCGACAAGGGCCAGCAGGUGUUUCUCGAUGUUCGCCAACCGAGUUCGCCGUCGAAGCUGGACGAAUCUGUCCACACACCAUUGUCGUAUCUGCUGGAUGGCGAUUAUGUAGAUGACGACCAGGUAGAAGAUGCCGCAUCAAUGCCGGACGAGAAGGCGACGACAAACGGUGUCAGCCAAAACAGCACAAACACAAACAGUGACGAGUACGACCCGUACUCGGACGCCUAUUAUAGCUACCGCCCGCCUCUGCCCAAAGCGCAAAAAAAGAACGACACAAGCAACGCCACCACUGCUAGUGCUACCAGUCUCCAAAUUAAUGGGACGACAGAGGCGACAAAACCGGCUCCCAAUUCACUUGUGCCGCCUGCCCCAAUCAGCAAAACUGAAGCCGUCCUGCCACCACGAUCAACGUCGUUGCGCCACCCGCCACCGGAUGUCCUAUCAAAAACGGUCACGACAGAAGGAUCCAAGUUGGACGAUGACUCGCUGCCACCACUGCCGACGCUUCCCCAUCAUUCGUCGACACCCUCCACGGAAAUUUGGAAGCGCCGCUCGGAAAAGGCAGAGACCAAUCUAUCGGUGACUGAGCUGAAUCUGAAAGCAACGCCAGCUCUGCAAAGCACCGUUGCGGUCGCUGUCGCUGCAGACGCCAAAAGUAGUAAAAAUAAAUCUGGCAUCCUCCAGCCGCAGAAGCAACUACAACCACAACCACAACCACGACCACAACAGCAACAGCAACAGCAACAAUUACAAGCACACACCCUGCAAAACCCACAAAACUUGCAAAAGGAACUGCCGCGUCUCACACCAGCCAACGAUGCUAGCCACCUUGCUUCCGCACAACCCCUGCCCCCGCCCCAGUCUCCUCUACCACCGCCGCCCACUCGCUCUGCGCUCAACCAGCUUCAACCACCCAAAUCGCCGCUUGUCGGUGGUUCCAAUGCAAACGGUGCCUCGCCCUCCUUGGUAGCGCCGUCGCCGCGACUCGGUCUGCCGGGUCGCGAUAUCCGACCCUCUCGCCAGGCCAGCCCGGCCGUGACACCGACGACUGUAUCGCAAACGCAACUGGAAGCCGACGCGGCGGCGCCCACCAUGGGAUCCUCUCUCGCCAAAUUCGAGAACAAGGUGGAAUCGACCUUCAAACGCAAGCCUGCACCAGCCAUAUCUGUUCCCUCGGCACCGGCCGCCAAAGAGCUGCCGCCACCACCGCCUCCAUCGUUCCAGCGCCCGCCAACGCCCGAGUACGACGAUGAGGACAAGUUCAAAGACAACAGCAAAGAUGGCACGUCGACCGCUCAGUCCGCCAUAGGCACAGUAGGUGCCUCGAGCAGCUCCACAACUGUCGUGAACGUACCUGUAUCACCGGCCGCGUCACCGGCUGCGUCACCGGCGGGAUCGAUGUCGUCCGCUUCAGCCCAGCAGCAGCAGCAGCGACAGCAGCGACAGCAGCGACAGCAACCAUCGCCUUCUGUAAACAGCGGUCUCGUUGGCCGGGAGAUCCGGCCGGUCAAGAGCGUCGCCCGCCUGGCAGACUCUCCGGACCAGCUACAACAACCACAACAACCACAACAGCAACCUCAACCCCGGUUUACGCCCCGCACCUCGUCGCGAAACGUUUCGAUUUCGACAAUUCCUGGUGCGCUCGCUGGACCGUUGCCUCCGGCCAAAGAAAUACCGGCGCCUCUGGCGCCUGUGUCUGAGCGACCACAUGCCGACUCGGCCGUGUCCUUUGUCAGUGAAUCGGGCAGCCAGGUGACCAUCAAGGCGGUCGCACAGAAGCAGCUCCCCUCACCAGAGUCUACCGAGACCAGCGAGGAUCUGUCAGCAGCUGCGUCGACGCGGCCAGACUCGUCGGAGUCCGCCGACCAUCCCCUCGCUCCGGGCAUGCCUCCACUGUUCCCAACGGGCUACAUGACCGAUGUCAUCACUCCCGAUACCGUCUUUGCGGCGCCGCCACCGUCCAAGAUCCAGUUCCAAUGCCUGCAGGGCCACCGCGACAUGUUCCGUGACCGUAACGUCAACUACCCAUUGAGCUGCCAGACGUGCCAAACGUUUGAGCGCUCGAUGCGCUGGCGGUGCAAGUGGUGCUAUCUGCGCGUCUGCUCAGGGUGCCGGGAUGUGUUGCACACGCACGCCAAGCACGACCUGGCACAGCUUCUAACCUACCUGGCAGAAGGGGGCGGCAAGGAGACUGUCGGUGUGGAUGGUCACGACUUAGAUGGCAGGCCAGUUGUCCACUCCAUCUCGUCUGCUGCUGAGCUCCCAGUCAUUCAGGAAGCAUAA